GUCAAAGCCCUACGUAACGACAUCAAUUCAAUUCACAGCAAUGGACUCCUCAAUUAGCUACAAUGAUGAUGAGCACAUCGAAAGCCAUCUUUCAAGGGCUCAGAGCUUAGAAAUGGCGUAUCAAGAGACUUUGCGCAACACCGACAUCAUUAUUAAAGAUGAAGGGGCGCGACGACUACGGCUGCGGAUCCUCAUGCUGGAGAACGAGAAUGACGAUCUUCACGAACAACUUGCCCUAGAGGAUGACCGAAUUGAUGUCCUGGAACAAGAGAGCGAGGAACUACGAGGCCAGUUGGGACAAGCGCAGGAAGAUGUUUGCCAACGGGAGGCUGAGCUUAGGACACAGACACGGGAAUUGCAGAAUCUGAAGGCUGAGCUAGCUUCUAUGAACGGGAUCACCACAGACACAACAAAGAUACUUACUGAGAAACUGUCCCUGGUACGCGAACUCGCAACGCUAAAACCGGAGCUUGAACAUCUUCGCUCCCAAGCAUCAUAUCAGCACACUGUCCUGGCGGAGAAAUUGGCUUUGCAACGUCAAGUCAGUACCUUGGAAGUUGAACUCGAAACCGAGAAACGAGCAUCGAAACGAGCUGCACAAAAGAGUCGCAAUAGUGAUGCAGAAAUCGAACUUCAAAACCAAUUGGACCAGCUACAGAAAGACCUCGCUCGCGAAAAGAGGGAACGCGAAAAGGCACGCAAAGAAGUGGAGUUGGAGCACCAAUGCCAGGUCGAAGAACUGCAGAGAGAGCUCGCACAGGAGAAGAGGGCCAGAGAAAAGAAUCGAAAGGAGACCGAGACUGACGUCCAGGAUCGAUUGGAAGAGUUGCAGAGGGACUUGGCCCGAGAGAGACGAGAUGGGGAAAAGGCUUGCAAGGAGGCCGAGAAGGAACUGAAAUCUGCGGAGACGCGAAUUUCUGUCCUUGAAAGCAAGCUGGAUCAAUUGAGAAUGAAGCUGCGGGCGACCAAGGACCAGCUCAAGGAAUGCCAGACCGAGCUGAGCCAGGCCCGAGCAGUAGUAGUGAAGGCUGGGCCUGCGGCAUCGAAGGGAGAUGCUGCAGUUAAAAAUCCACAGAAGAGAGGCGCCUUGGAGAUGAGCACCGAUGUGGAGAUUGGUACUCCGGACGGAGUGGCUAUGCGAGGGAAGCGGCCAGUAGCGAAAAGGGGACGGAUGGACCAAAUGAUGGUAGGAGAGAAAUCGAUGUUCUCUAUCACGCCAUUCCUCAAUCGUACUAUCAGCAUGGCCCCCCAAACUCCUGGCGAGGAGAUGGAGCCUGAAGCUCUAGAAAAGGAACAACGAAAGGUCACAGGCGAGCCAACAGCGGAGGUCGUUCGAGAACAGCCACCCACGAGCCGGGCAGAUCCGGCACCGGCAGCUGUUCCUAAACCACGCAGGAAGAAGGUUGUAGAAAAUGCACCAGUAACAGAAAGUAAAGUCCUCGGGGAAGCCAAGGCCAGCAAUAAGAACAAGAAGGCACCUGCAAAGAAACCUCGGGUGUUGAGCACUUUGGAGAAAGUCGGUGAGGAGGAAGGGGAUGAGAAUGAGAUGAAAGAAUUUAUUCCUGCUGCAGCAAAGGGGGCCGGGGCGCCGAUGCUUUUUAAAGCAGGCCAAGUGCAAUUGAAAAAUGUUGAUGCCGAAGAGAGUGGCCCGAAGAAAAAGAAACGAAAACUCCUUGGUGGAGGCAGGACUUUGUUCGAUGAGGAAGAUGGAGAAGCCACGAAGCGGCCGGCAAAGGUUUCUCUAGGCCCCCCGAGAUUACUGGGCAAAGGCGGUUUGGCUGGUCCUAAAGGUGGUCUGAAGGGAGGACUCGAUACUGUCAGUGGAUUUGGAGGCUUUUCACCAUUGAAGAAAGAUCGUAGAGGCGUUGGGGCUAGUUUUCUAGUCUGAGGAAUUCGGUGACCAUCUUAGGAUAUGCAAUCUGUUCAGGUCUGGGGAAAUGGAUGGCAUGGCGGCGUUGGCUUGUGUUGUAUCUUUUAGUUUACUUGUGGAGUCGUUUACAUGGGAAUGAAUUGAAAUGCGACUCCUGGAAUAAUUUGAGCACGGACCACCUCGCGUUU